CCCGCCGUGACGCUGCACAUCGCACCCGGCACCGCCACCGGGGCCCGCGGCCAUGGCGGGGGUGAAGGUGAUCGCCAACGACACCGAGUUCCAGCCCGAGCUGAGCGCCGCCGGCUCCCGCCUGGCCGUGGUGAAGUUCACCAUGAGGGGGUGUGGCCCUUGCUUGCGGAUCGCUCCCGCCUUCAGCGCACUGAGUAACAAAUACCCACAGGCAACGUUCCUGGAGGUGGACGUGCACCAGUGCCAGGGCACGGCUGCCACCAACAACAUCUCGGCCACCCCCACGUUCCUGUUCUUCCGGAACAAGGUGCGCAUCGACCAGUACCAGGGAGCAGACGCCGUGGGCUUGGAAGACAAAAUCAAACAGCACCUGGAGAACGAUCCCGGCAACAGCGAAGACACAGACAUCCCCAAAGGAUACAUGGAUCUGCUGCCGUUCAUCAACAAGGCUGGCUGUGAGUGCCUCAACGAGAGCGACGAGCACGGCUUCGAGAACUGCCUGCGCAAGGAUUCCUCCUACCUGGAGUCAGACUGUGAUGAGCAGCUCCUUAUCACUGUAGCUUUUAGUCAGCCUGUCAAGCUUUACUCUAUGAAACUGCAGGGGCCAGACAACGGGCAAGGACCAAAAUACAUCAAGAUGUUCAUCAACCUGCCCCGCUCCAUGGACUUUGAGGAGGCAGAACGCAGCGAGCCCACCCAGGCCCUGGAGCUGGGCCCCGAGGACAUUAAGGAGGAUGGGAUCAUCCAGCUCCGCUAUGUCAAAUUCCAGAAUGUCAACAGUGUCACUUUGUUUGUGCAGUCCAAUCAUGGUGACGAAGAGACGACACGAAUCACGUAUUUCACAUUUAUUGGCACUCCAGUGCAGGCCACCAACAUGAACGACUUCAAACGACUUAACUCCCCAUUCCCAAAGAGCUAAGCAGGCAGAAGAAAUGAAAAGUCAUGGUGGCAUUGGUGUGGCCCCGCUGUCCUCCCUCCCUCUGCUCAAAUCCUGCAGCAUUUCACCCCCUGACUCACCAGCUCAGCUUCCCCCUCCUCUCCCUGCUCAGAUCCUGCCUUCAGUGCUCCUCUUCCCAAAUCCUGUCCCGUUUUUGUGCUGCCUUUGCCAUUGGAAGGUGCCACCAGGCACCCGGAUCCUGCCUGGAUCCAGCCUGGGCUGGACCUGUGGGACCAGCAGUGCUCUUUUAAUGUCCUGCUGGGAAGGGAGGAGCAUGGAUCUACCUGGGGGUGGG